AUGGCGGCCGUACAGCAAUUGCGGAUAGCCUCGUUCUUCUCUUCCCUCUUCCCGAGGAUAGCUGCCGCAAACUUCGCCCCCUCGUUCCGGUCGACCGUCCUCUACACACAACAAGCGCGAGAGUCCCGAUUCCCUUUGAUACCGGCGCUUGCCACCGCGCUCCCUGCCGCCAUCUCGAAUCUACCCUCGCUGCUGGGCGAUAUAUGGGAAGGGAUACUCCGGGCGGUGCCUAAGAAAAAGACGUCGCAUAUGAAGAAGAGGCACAGGCAGAUGGCAGGCAAAGCUCUGAAGGACGUGACGGCGCUGAACAAGUGUCCGGCUUGCGGGGGCAUAAAAAAGAUGCACGUGUUAUGUUCCGACUGCAUGGGCCCCGCCACUCCACCAGACAGCAGCCUCUCGGGCAGUCUACGUGAGCCGAUAUCAACCAUGUCAAAGCAAUACCUCACCACGCAUACCAUCGACAACGCACACGUAACCGACAUCUUCUCGAUAGCAGCCACGCCCACCGCGUUGCUCUCCGCGAGCGGCUCCUCGACUCUGCAUAUACACUCCACCUCCGACCCAACCACCCCCCUCAUACAGUCUCUAACAGGCGCACAUAAGCUCGGCUGUCACCAUGUCGCCGUCUCCCGCAAUGGCAAGGUUGCGGCGUCAGCCGGCUUCGGCGGCGAUGUGAAGAUAUGGAAGCUCGCCGACUCGGGCACGGGCGAUUGGGAGCCAUUCGGAGAGUUAGAUCCCACAAAAGGUGCGGAAAGAGGGGCUGGCGAGAUCUGGGCCGUUGCGCUCAGUGAGGACGGCCACUACCUGGCCUCCACCACCUACGACGGUCGAAUUAACGUCUGGAACCUGUACGGAGACAGGUCGACAACGGUUCAGGAGUACGAGACCGGUAGCGCGGGUACUGGUACCUUUGGUCUAUGUGUGGACCUAAGCCGUGACGGGAAGUACACGGCAAGUGGCCACCAAAGCGGUGCUGUCUACGUCUUCAAUAAUAACACUGGCCGAUUGCAAUAUUCGCUCCCUGGACUCGUCAAACCGAUCCGUGCUGUAGCCUUCUCACCUGCGGGCACGCGUUUAGCGGCCGCCGGAGAUGCGGCUGUAAUCGCAAUAUACGACACAAAACAUGGCGAGCACGUCGGUAACUUGACCGGCCACACGUCGUGGAUCACUUCUGUUGACUGGAGUGAUACAGGGGAGUAUCUUCUCAGCGGCUCUUUCGAUGGCAAAGUCAAGGUGUGGUCUAUCGAGAGAGGUGCUUGCGUAGCCACGCACAGCGAGACCGACAAGGCGCUGUGGGCUGUCAAAUGGUUACCCAAGACGGUCCGCAACGAGAUGUUCUGUACGGCGGGUGCCAACAGAAGCUUGACAUUCUACCGCGAAGCUACUGGCGCAUAGAUGGUUCGGCUUACUCGGAAUCUUCCUCGCGGAAGGGAAACUUGUUUAGUUGGCGUUACGAGUAAGGGAAUUAAAGAAAAGCGAAUUUGACAUAUCUAUAGCCAAUUUCGCUCGUAUGCUGCUUCUGUCGUUUGAACAUGGAGGAAAUGACCGCUAUGUGACUUAACGAGCUGCGUUUUCCGUACAUCGCCGUGUUUCUAUGCCUCAAUUACCCUAGUAAAGCUAACUGUAACUGGGAUAUGUAAUUAAUUGUAAUGGUUACUAGGAGAGAGUUUGUAGAUUGUUUUUAACCGUUAUCUAGUAAGCGACAAUCGAAACGAGGGGCAUUCUACAAGAA